GAUUUCGUUUUAAAGACGCGCCGGCUUUCAUUGAAUGAGGCAGAAUUUAAAGCAGUGUUUUGUUUUUAGAAAUCGUUUUUAAUACACCGAAACGUAUAGUUUGAAGAACUUACAUUUGCAAGAAAGCUACGGUUCAACGGUAGGCGGCGAGCUGGCGCAGGUUGUGGGGUGUCCGUGGACAAUGAGAGACAGUGGAGGCAGUCUGACACAGAACCUCUGGGCCAAUGAGCUGACUCUUCCUGGGGGUCAGGAGGGCAGUGGCGGUGGGGGGAUGGGAGGGACCCAUCUUAUGGACCCGGCUACCACCCACCAUGUCCCCAGCCCCAUACACCUCAAACUAGGUCAGCGAGAGAAGGAGAGGGUUUGGGAUGCAGAGUAUAUAGACCAGGAGGAGGGGGAAGAAGAACCGGAGGAGGAUGAGGAGGACUGUGAUGAUGAUGUUGAUGAGGAGGGGGGAGAGGAAGAGGGACAAGAGCAGCAGGGGGAGGAGGAAGAGGAGGAGGAGGAGGAGGAGGAUGACAAUGAUGAAGGUGAAGAGGACGAGUAUGACGAUGAAGUCAGCUGGGAGGAAGGAGAUGGGGACUGGGCAUUACUGCCGUUGCCACGGGAACUGCAUCAGCAGCAGCUGCAGAUGCACCCCGAACACAAUGCCUUGGACUCUGGCGGCAGCCCCGCCCACAUGCGGCUGAACGGGCUCCGGGGGCGGAGGCUGCAGCUGCGCCGGCGGAGGCUGGGCCGCUACAGUGGCAUGCGUUCCCGCCUGGCCCAGCACUGGAGGUCCUGGCGUCAGUGGGCCCAGUGUUCCACCACCACUGCCAGCGGGCUUGGGUGGGUGCAGAGGCGACGUCGGCUUUUUGGGCUGUACAGGCGCUGGCAGAACAAGACCCGGCCCGCCCGGGGACCGCUGCAGAAUGGGGAGACUGCAGGGCUCUUUGGGGAGUCAGGAUUCAUGGGACGCAGGUUGAAUGGUUUUCCUGGCGAGAUUCAGAUUGGCCGCGUGGUCAGCCUGGCAGGAAUGGGAGGCCAGAGCUCAUCCCCCGAAUCUCCGAACAACGGUCUGCUUCCUUCCCGGGACAAAGCUCCUCCCCAGAACGCACUUGCUGAUGAACACAUUACUUGCAUCCAAGGUAUUCUGGAGGAGUUCCUGCAGCAGUAUGGCAGUUUGAUCCCCAUCCACUCAGAUGAGGUGGUGGAGAAGUUGGAGGACAUCUUCAGCGAGAGCUUCUCUCAGCCCAACAGGAAGAUGGCGGUGCAACAGCAAAUUCAGUCCCACCAGCGGCUGUCUGGAACUGCCAUGGUGCGAGGGUUCCGUGUAAACUACAAGCGUCAUGUCCUGACCAUGGACGACCUCAGCACAUUGUAUGGACAAAACUGGCUCAAUGACCAGGUCAUGAAUAUGUAUGGAGAUUUAGUGAUGGAUUCUGUGCCUGAGAAGGUUCAUUUUUUUAAUAGCUUUUUUUAUGACAAAUUGAGGACAAAAGGUUAUGAUGGUGUCAAGCGAUGGACAAAAAAUGUGGACAUCUUUCAGAAAGAGCUCCUGUUGAUACCCAUUCACCUGGAGGUCCACUGGUCACUGGUGUGUGUGGAUGUCCCACGUCGCUCCAUUACUUACUUUGACUCCCAGCGCACUCUAAACCGUCGUUGCCCCAAGCAUAUUGCAAAGUACCUGCAGGCAGAGGCUGUCAAAAAAGAACAGAAGGACUUUCUAACUGGGUGGAAUGGCUUCUUCAAAAUGAAUGUGGCCAGGCAGAACAACGACAGCGACUGCGGGGCCUUCGUUCUCCAGUACUGCAAGUGUUUAGCCCUGGGACAGCCAUUCAGCUUUGGCCAGCAGGACAUGCCGAAGCUGAGGAGACUCAUGUACAAAGAACUGUGUCACUGCAAGCUGUCUGUGUGAGACUGGGACACCCAAGCAAGGGGGCGAGAGGAGACCCAUCCAACCACUUUCACUUCCCCAAUUUUUUAUUUUUUUUUUUUUAUUUUUUGUAAAGCGUAUAUAUACAUAUACCUUCCUGCCCCCUUCCCCCAACUCCAUUCUUUUCAAUCCUUAUUUUUUAACUUGUGGUUGAUUGAGGCCAACUGUACUCUUACCCAUUGUCUUUAGGGGAAAAAGUACAAAACAGGACACAUUUGUUCUAUGAUGAACUCUGAACUAUCACUAGCCAAUUUUCCACUGAAGGAACUGGAGCUAGAGGCAAGCACUAAAACCACAAACCAAAAAAGAAUUGGCAGGGUAUCCGUUUGCAUCUCUUCAUGUGACCAGUCUUAGCUGUUCUUUUUCCUUCCCCAGGCCCAACCUGCAGAGAGAAUUAUACAUUUUGACAUUCUAAAACAAGAUGACAAACUGACAGUCAACUGGGGAAGUAGAAAAUAUACAUUCUAGGUGUAGAAACCUUGAAAUUGCCUUUUUGCCACAUUGCAUAAACUGCCCUCUGGCUAUAUCCUACUGCCACUGUUUAAGCUGUUUUCUUUUGUCAAAAGCAGAGACAUAACAUGAUAUACUUUAAUUCACCUCAUGCCGAAAUUGGUUUGUCAAAUAUAGCGCUUUAAACAGUCUGUAUAAUGACAACUGUGGCUUGGAUACAUAAACUACUAAUCGGCCAAAAACAUGAACACUUUGGUAAUUGUUCCUAAACUGAAUAGCAGCAACAUGGCUAUUCGUUUUCUGCUAGAAGUGGAAAAAACACAUUCUUGCUGUUAGGUUUGGCUGAGGCUGGGGCAGUUUAAAUGCCUGAAGUGUGAAGUAGACUGUCAUAAUGACAUCUAUAAUGCAAAAUAUAAAACUUUAGAAUGAACAGCUGUUUUUAGAUACUAGCAAGCAAUGAGCAUGCAGUAUACUUGAGCAGGUUAAUCCAACAAUUAAAAUGUACAAUAUUCAAUACUAGUUGACUCCUCCCACCUCCACCUGAUUGGCUGUUCCUGGGGUGGGAAUAAACUCCGCCCACAGCCCUGGUGCUGUUAUCUGGACCUGCAGCUGCACGGUUCUACUUGCAUGGCUCUUGCUUGACCUGACAGGAGUGACUGGAAAAAGCAGUCAGAACCAUAACUUCCAUCUGGUUCCAGUUCUGAAAGUGGAAAAGCCUCUAAUGUUGGAGGUCGCCAAAUAGUUAUUUUUUGUUGUUUUUUUCCCUUGAUGUAACUGAUAAGCUGUGUUCACUGCGAAAGAUAAGGAGAGAAUUACAUUUCUUUUUAAAAAUAAUAUCUGAAGUAUUGUCAUAAUGGACCACGUCAGCUAUAUACAGUUUUUGUUUUGUUUUGUUUCUCUUCAUUUUUAUGUCAGUUUUUUGACUAUGGCUACCGUAUCCGUAAAUUAUACGUUGCUGGAUUAUGGAAAACAAUGGCCGAAAACUCAAUUGUUUUUUAUCUUUUGAAUUGCAUACAUUGUGGUAUAAGUUACAAAAAUAAAAUGACAAUUGAGACAAUUAA